UUGUUUGGAGGCUUAAAGAGACAAGAAAAAGACAUCAUGAGAAUCAUCAACUCGUUCUUCACAUUCGUUACAGCAUCUGUAAUAGCUUUCCCAGCCUUCCAGACGGCACCCCACCAAGUAGUUCUGCCGACGCGACAGGUCACUGCCAGUCAAGCAUCUAGCUUCGAGUCCUACGUGAAUGGAAUAAAGACUGAAAUCAAACGGAACACCUCUCCCGACGAAGCGAGCUCGGUGGACGCAGCGUUCGAUAGCGUAGUCGCCUACAUCGAUCGACUGAAGUCUAGGGACGACAGUGAAGACGAUGAGCCAACUCCCGACAAAAUCAGUUUUAUUUCUUCGAUCAAGGGGUUGAACGUAAAGCGUGUCGCUGCAGAUGAUGAAGCCUUGCCCGUAGAUCAAGCGGCCCAAUUUGUCUCAUAUAUUGGUGGGCUAAAAGCCAAGGUCAGGCGUAUCGCUUCACCGCAGGAAGCGGUCUUUAUGGUUACGGCUUUUGACAACGUUGUGGACUAUACGAAGCGUGCAUACAAGACAGAUUAG